AUGAAAGGAUUCCAAGACCGACCUACGAAGCAGAUUCUGAAGGCGAUUUUGAUGGCCCACGACAUUGCCAGUGACCUUUUGAAAGAUAUUGCGAUGCCAACCGGAGGCUGCCUUUGCAGCCAACUCAAAUAUGAGUAUAGCGGCGAGCCUGUCAUGAAGGCGAUAUGCCAAUGCAUAACUUGUCGACACGUCAGUGGCAGCGUGUUCACGACCAAUAUUGUUGUCCCAGAGGGGAAUUUCAAGGUCACAGUCGGGACACCCAAAACAUAUGCGACGACGCAAGAUAGUGGAAUGACUUUAACAUACUCUUUCUGUGCGAAUUGUGGCAAUGUCAUCAGCAAGGUCGGAGAUGCUGAGGGUUUCCCCGGUGUAAUUCUCAUCCUGGCUGGUUCUCUUGAUAAUGUAUCUGGGGUGGAAACGGCAGAGCCUGGUGUGGAGUUUUAUGUUAGCAAGCGUGCCUCGUGGCUCCCAGAACUCAUUGGCAAGGGACAAAUGCAAGACUUCUCAUAA